AUGUUACAGCCGAAGACAUGCUGGGUGCUGGACGAUGACCAUGGAAACGCGGUCGGAUACCUUUUAGGAGUCAUGGACACGCGAAGCUUUGUGCAGAAGUACAAGGAUGUGUAUGUGCCGUAUUUGAUUUCCAAAGGUCUUGAGGAGCCCGGAGCUCACGAGCCGUCAGAUUGGGAUACGAACCUUCCCAAUGCGCUGAAGAAGAUCAUGCACCACCCCGAAGGAUCGCUGCACCCUGACGCGCCUGACUUGAUCAAGAACUACCCUGGCCAUCUUCACAUCGAUGUUUUGAGCUCCUACCAAAGACAAGGCUACGGUCGUCAAUUGAUCUGCACAAUGGAAAGGAGGGCAAAGGAAAUGCAAACCCCUGGGAUCCACUUGCUCAUGGCGGCGGCAAAUCAAGAAGGGAAGAUUUUCUAUCCUAAAGUGGGGUUCAUACGGUUCCCCCAGGUCCUCGACGAUGGCGAUAGCGGCGAGGAGGGUCGAGACAAGACUACUAUAUGGUUUGUGAAGACGCUUUAG